CUAUACUCAACAUGUCUCAAUUGAUGUUCCGAACGAUUAGGAGAAGAGGAGAGAUAUUAUGGAAAUACAUCGAUUUCGUGGUUUAAACUUAUAUUUAAGUUCGGGAUACUAAACUGGAAUUCAAACUCUUAAAGACUUUACAAGAAGAACGAGAAAUACUUUUAUAUGCAAGUAGAAAUUCGAAGGAAGUUUACAACAACGAUACGAUUUGACGGGAAUUAAUCAACCAUUAAUAACAGGUGGAAAAAACGAAAUUAGAAUGGAGAAAGAAGGAAGAGUUAAAAAAGUUUCUUCCAGUAGAGAAAAGGAUUCGUUGCAGGGUUUCCCCCUUGAUCUUAAUUUAUUGCAUCUGCAAAAUUCAAGAAAUCGAGAACAAAUAGAUUAUCCUCGUAUGGCAUUCAACAAUUCAUCAGCAUUUUCUCCACGAAACAAACCAAACAGCUUAACAAAGAAAAAUAAAGCAGCGAAAUUGAGAUAUUCCAAAUCAUUUGCGGUUCCAACUUUAUUGUCGGACGAGCCAUUGAUGAGCAAAGAGAAAGCGAGACGGAGUGUGAGUGUGCCAGAUACAUUAGACCUUCCAUCGUAUGGCUUAGAAAGAUUUAGUUUUGAAAGACCUAUAUACCAAAAUAGUAAAACAACAUUUUAUGAUAACACGGAAGAGCAAAAUGUUGUUGAUGAUAAUUUACACCUGAGUUUCAAAUUACCUGCUAUACGCAUCAAUUCUACACACUGUGGAAAACAAGGAUUGCAUAACAAAAAUAAGACUGCAUCAACAGCUGGAAUAGACUUUCGUCUUCCAUAUGUAAAAAAUCCAAAGUUCCACGGUUAUUAAGGAAGGUCCGUGUCUGUGGAGUUUCAGUUGUAACGUGUAACGUGUAACGUGUAGUGUGUAAUAGUCAACGGUCUAUGUACAGGCUAUUGGCAUCCAGGCGUAUCGUAUUAAUGUGAAGAACCGAUCCUUAAAUAUAAUAUUUUGUUUAAAACAUAUACAGUUAUUGUAACAUUGAAAAUAAAACUAUGAUGGAAUUAUGGAAACUCAGAAUAAUUCAUUUUUAUUUUCAUUGGUGGUGGC